AUGGCGGCGGAGGGAGAGAAGAGGGGAGCGAUGGAGGCAGAGAAGGGAGCGGUGGAGAAGGGAGGGGACGUUGCGGCGGCGUCGGAGGAGGGGAAGUGUGUGGAGGAAGCGAAGGAGGUGAUGGCCGGCGGUAAGAUGGUCAUCCUGAGGAGCUCGCAGCCGGAGAAGAAGCGGUACGAGGUCCCGGAGGCGGCGGCGCGGCUGUCGGUUAUCCUCGGAGGAAUGCUCGACGGAGGUUGCACCAUCGACGACGACGGCGUCGUUAUCCCCUUCACCGCCAGGACCCUGGACACGGUGUUCGAGUACUGCAGCAAGCACGCCGAGGCUACCAAGUCCGACUCCGACCACUUCGCCGCUGCCGCCACCAAGUCCGACCCUAACCCCAGCGCCGAGGCCAGCGUCGGCGGUGUUAACACGGCGGCGUCCGAGAACCUGGAGGAUUGGGACCGCAAGCUCGUCGACCGCCUAAGCAUGGACGACCUCUACGACGUCAUCCACGCCGCCAACUUCCUCGCCAUCAAGGGGCUCCUCGACGUCGUCUACCAGAGGGCCGCCGACAUGAUCAAGGGCAAGACCCCUGACGAGAUCCGCGCCACCUUCAACAUCACCAACGACUUCACCGAGGAGGACGAGGAGGAGUUUCGCGAGCAGUACUCCUGGAUCUUCGACGUCGAGUAGGAGCCUCUGAAUCCGCUUCAUGCUGCUCUAACAUCUUACUAAAUCUACCGGCCUAGCGCGCGUUCCAUGUUCUGCUGCCUCCUUUCUUCUGACGCCCGUCGUAGUGGUUGCUUCGUACAGUAGUUGUCUCGCUUCGAUAGGCUCAGAUCAACUGGGUUUACGCACUUGCUUAGCAUUUUCGUUUCGUCCUGUCGAAG